GUCGCUUCCGGCCGCGGCGGCCCUAGCGCCGCGCGACGGGGUAGAUCGUCGGGUUUUGAGCGGAAUGCGGUGCUGAGGGGCGAGGGACCCCCGCUCCCCCCGUGACGGCACCAUGAACCUUCUGCCGUGUAACCCCCACGGCAACGGGCUGCUGUAUGCCGGCUUCAACCAGGACCAUGGAUGUUUUGCAUGUGGAAUGGAAAAUGGAUUCCGAGUCUAUAACACCGAUCCACUCAAAGAAAAAGAGAAACAAGAAUUUUUAGAAGGAGGAGUUGGCCACGUGGAAAUGUUAUUUCGCUGUAACUAUUUAGCUUUAGUUGGUGGUGGAAAAAAGCCGAAAUAUCCUCCCAACAAAGUGAUGAUCUGGGAUGACCUGAAGAAGAAGACAGUCAUCGAGAUAGAGUUCUCCACAGAGGUCAAAGCUGUCAAGUUGCGGAGAGAUAGAAUUGUUGUGGUUCUGGACUCCAUGAUUAAGGUGUUUACAUUCACACACAAUCCCCAUCAGCUGCACGUCUUUGAAACCUGCUAUAACCCUAAAGGUCUCUGUGUCCUGUGUCCCAACAGUAACAACUCCCUUCUCGCCUUCCCUGGCACUCACACCGGCCACGUACAGCUUGUGGACCUGGCCAGCACCGAGAAGCCACCAGUGGACAUUCCCGCACAUGAGGGCGUCCUGAGCUGCAUUGCUCUCAACCUGCAGGGAACACGAAUUGCAACUGCAUCUGAAAAAGGGACCCUUAUAAGAAUAUUUGAUACUUCAUCAGGGCAUUUAGUCCAGGAGCUCCGAAGAGGAUCUCAAGCGGCUAAUAUCUAUUGCAUCAACUUCAAUCAGGACGCUUCUCUCAUCUGUGUGUCCAGUGAUCACGGCACUGUGCACAUCUUUGCAGCUGAAGAUCCAAAAAGAAAUAAACAGUCUAGUUUGGCAUCAGCCAGUUUCCUUCCAAAAUACUUCAGCUCCAAGUGGAGCUUCUCCAAGUUCCAGGUUCCAUCAGGCUCCCCAUGCAUCUGUGCCUUUGGAACAGAGCCCAAUGCAGUCAUUGCUAUCUGUGCGGACGGCAGCUACUACAAGUUCCUGUUCAAUCCCAAGGGCGAGUGUGUCCGUGAUGUGUGUGCACAGUUCCUGGAGAUGACCGAUGACAAGCUGUGACUCUGCCUGUGAGUGCAGCUGAUGCCACCACCCAGCGCCCUGUGGACUCCUGGGGCUGGUGCCAGUGCCCCAGGCCUGUGGGUGAGGGGCUCAAGGACCCUCUCGAGGACCUUGGUCUCGAAGCCAUACGUGGUUGUCUGCCUUCCUGAGCAAGGCUUCUCAUUUCCAUAUCAAAAGGACUCGUCCUCAUGGUUCUGCAGACUCUGUGGCUCUGAGCAUCUCGGGCUCUUGCUGGCCACCACCCUUUAGUUCAGCUGUGAUGUUAGCAUUAGUGACACCUCCACACCUUCAUGCCAGCAGGCUCCCUGCAGUCCCUGGGGACUGUCCAAGCACGAGUCAGUGGAAGCUGGUAGGGAUGAGUGUGUCAGGCUUACGUCCUACAUCACUCCAGAAGGGUAGAGAACCCUCUGCCACACGUGAGGAGCACUGUUCAGAGCACAUGCUUGGGGUUCUCACCAGACCUGCCAGAGAACAGGAUGAGUUACAUCCCGCUUGAGGCACAGUCCUCAGGCUGCGAGGGAGGCAGGGUCUCCUGGUUUAGUUUGGGUUAAAACAGAACUUCUAUUACCUUUAGGGAACAAAGUAACACAUAAUAGACUUUAAAAAUCACUUCCAGAAGAAAGCAUUACUUAACUUAGGGGCCUUCUCAGUGCAAUGUCCAUGUGCCUGUAGCUACCAGUUGUGUGAAGGGAAUUGGCUUUGCCUGUGGCGUCUACCCUGUCUCAUCUCUCCCAACACCCACAGGAACACACGCUAGCAUUGGGGAUGGCAGGCACAUCCUGGUACUGACACAGGCUACAGGCUCCGUGUUUCUGUGCCACUUGAGGUAUAUGUUUAGUUUUUUACAUAUCUUCUAAGAAGCUCGGUUUUGCGGUUUUGAUUUCGGGUUGCAAACAUUUAAAUUGUGCCCAGCAGCAGGUUCUCAGUUCUGCCAGUUCCUUCAUAUUCCUGUAAUCGGCUAACUGUGGAUUUGAUGUCAAGUAUGCAUGUUACUUUAUGUGUAUUUAAUCAUGAAACUUAAUUUUGCACACUUGUUUGUACUGUUUCUUUGAAAUAAAAGUGACUAAUUUUGUUGUACUCUAUCUGUAAAGAGCAGAGCCAUGUGUAAUGAAGCCAGAUGUUCUCAUCCUGAGUAUAUAAUGGCAGACCUGUAGGUCAUUGAGCUGGGAGUAGAGUGCUCUGUUACAUGGGUACCUCAUCAGCACAGCCUCUGAAAAGAGAAACUGAGUUUGUAUGGUUUAGGACCAUCCAGAGAGCGGGUACAGAUGGAACACUUCAUAAAAAAAUUUUUGGUGUCACUGCCCCCUGCCAUACCAGCGUUGGCUUCCUGUUUUCACAGGUAUCAGCAAGCUGCCCUUCGGAAGGUUCUGUGAGGCACCGCUCGUCUAUGUACUUUGGCUGGUGUCAGACUGGUUUAUAUAAUAGUUUUGCAGUUUUGGGGGGCAGGCAGUGUGAUGAUCCUUCAAUGUUUCCAACUUGCAGUGGUCCUGAAGCGUGGGUCUUCACAGUGUAAAUUGGAGCUUCAGAACUAGGGAGGCAAGCAGGUGACAGGCGAUGAUACACCAGGAUUUGAGGCAGUGUUGUGCUCCAGCACCGCGGGAUUGGCAUAAGGCUAGGAUGGGUGGCACAAGAGGGCCUGGCAUCUAAUCAUGCUGAGGGUGUAUGACACUGGGCAAAGCCUCCUUGUUAGUGGCCUCCCUAGUCAACUUUCCAGCCCACACCAUCCUUGGCACACCUUGCAAGGGACAGUGAGCACUCAUGGGCUCCCUGUGAGUGGCAGUGCAAGGAUUAAGAGAAAACUCUUAGCGCUGCCUGCUCCUCAGAUUUGUUCUUGUCUCUGGGUAAUAAUAGAAUUGGUGGACCAUGCAAAGCUGUAUAGGUUUACAGGCAUCAGCAGACAGGGUUUUCAAACACCCAGUGGUAGGUGGGCCUUGACCCAAGAGGGGAUAUCUGAAUGCUGGCACUUAAACAGCGAUUCCAGAAGCUCCUGAUUGGCGGUUUUUCCAAGGUGUGGUCUUAGCGUCUGAGGUCCUCCUGGACAUGAGAAACUGCACUGUUUCGGCCUUGCCCACUCUUCUCAGCAAACUAAAUGUUACCACCCGCGAGAGCUGCCAGGUCCUGCACCAACAUUCGCCUUUCUCAGAAACCACAGGCUCACAUGGUUGAGUGGACCCCUGGCCGUUCCUCCUCCCCUUUUGGCCAACGUCACUGACCAAGUCUUUGUUUAAUGUUUUCUUUCUUCAGGCAGACCAUGCCUCUGGGUGCAAGCAUGGUCUAUAGCCUGGUGGUCACAGUCAUGAUGUUCUCCUCAGUUGGCUGAUCAAGGUGUUUGGUUGACUCUCACAUUUUGGAAAGUACUUAGAAUUUAAAAAAAUAAAAUAAAAUUUAUGUAGU